AUGCAAAUCAAGCAACUAUCUUUGGCCCGAGGCCAACCUGGAAUACUCCACCACUGCACGGACACCCUCGUCGCAUUCGAAUACACCCGCAGCCAAAUCCGCAAACCACAUACGCUAGUCUUCGUAGGCGGAUUAGGAGACAGCCUCGGCUCAGUCGACUAUCUUAAGGAAGUAGUCAACGCCCUCGAUCCAACAGAAUGGAGCAUCUUCAAUCUAGGCCUGCGGGGGUGGGGAAUGGGCCGACUAGGCCAAGACAUUGACGAGCUAUCCCAUUGCGUCUCCUACGUGCGCGGAUAUAAGGAGCCACAAUUUGGACCGGGCAAGGUGGUGAUCAUGGGUCACUCAACGGGUAGUCAGGACGUGAUGCACUACAUUAAUUGUCCGAACCCACGGCCCGCACACCCCGUCUUCGACCGCGAUUGGAAGCCCAUCUUGCGAGAGCAGGUUGAUGGUGCUAUUAUGCAAGCGCCUGUUUCGGAUCGUGAGGGCAUCUUGUGGGUUGUGAAGUGUGGCACUGAACGUGAUAGCCCGCUAAAGAUGCGGGAGAUUUAUGAUAAGGCUGUGGCGGAUGCGCGUCGGGCGACGUAUGAGGAUCAUGAUUUGGUUGAUACGAUUGUUCCGUUGGUUGUAACCUCGCGUAUUGGAUACCCGCCUUCCGCACCGGUUAGCAGUCGUCGGUUUUUGAGUCUGGUUAGUCCGGACAGUCCGGAGAAUCCAUCGGAGGAUGAUUUGUUUAGUUCCGAUUUGAGCGAUGAGCAGUUCCGGGGGACUUUUGGUAUGAUUGCGGAGCGGGCCUUGUUGAAGCAGAAGAUGCUCGUACUGUACUCUGGGCGAGAUCAGUCUGUCCCUCCGUGGGUGAAUAAGGAGGCUCUGCUGAAGAGGUGGCAGGCUGCUGCUGAUAGCAGUGGACGGCAGAUUUGGGACACAAGGAGUAUGGUUAUUCCUGGUGCAUCGCAUGCUUUGAGUGAUAGUGAUCAGGCAAGGCCGCGGCGGAUCCUGGUCGAGCAGGUGACAUCCUACCUGAAUGAUAUCCAGCGAGGGUAA